GGCAGCAAGCCCCUGCCCUCCGAGUACGAGCGGCAGGUGGACCACCGCGGGAGGCGUAAGUGGGAUACUCACACCGUGGUUGAGGCAGAGUAUACGCCCAAGUGGAAGAUGCAAUCAAAGGAGAGCGAUCAGCGCGGCGACAAGAAGGAGUACAUCCUCGGCAAGCCGGGGCCGCGCUCGGAGCCGGGCUACCACCUCUCGGGUUGGCGCUUCGACCGCGACACCGCGGACGGAGGCUCCCGGUACUUCAGCGAGGACGAGAGCCGUGACACGCCGCGAGGCCGCCGCCGCAACGGAGGCGCCGACGCGGAACUGA